AUGCUUAGAGCCCGGCGCUUGCUAGCCACGCGCGCGUUCGACGUCCCCGCCGAGUAUGCGCUGAGAACCCCGCCUUACCAAAAGCUCGUCGCCAACUUGGAGCGGGUGCGCCGCCAGUUGCCGGCGGCGAAAUUGACGCUUGCGGAGAAGAUCUUGUACUCGCACUUGGUCGACCCCGAGGAGCUGUUGGCCGGCGCCCGGCUGGUCAGUGACAUUAGGGGCGAGCGCUACUUAAAGCUUAACCCCGACCGGGUGGCGAUGCAGGACGCGCUGGCGCAAAUGGCGCUCCUCCAGUUUAUGACCUGCGGCAUGAAGCUGACGGCGGUGCCGGCGCUGAUCCACUGCGACCAUUUGAUCGUCGGCAAGGACGGCGCCGACGACGACUUGAAGGCGCUGAUCGCCACCAACAAAGAAGUGUUUGAUUUCUUACAGCUGUGCGGCGAGAAGUACGGGAUCCAGUUCUGGGGCCCGGGGCUGGGGAUCAUCCACCAGAUCGUGCUUGAGAACUUUUCGGUGCCCGGGCUUAUGAUGUUGGGGACCGACUCGCACACGCCUAACGCCGGCGGCUUGGGCGCCAUCGCCAUUGGCGUCGGCGGCGCCGACGCCGUCGACGCGCUCACGGGGACGCCGUGGGAAUUGAAGGCGCCCAAAGUGUUGGGGGUGAAAUUGACGGGCCAAUUGUCUGGGUGGACCCUGCCGAAAGACGUCAUCACCAAGCUCGCCGGCAUCUUGACGGUGCGCGGGGGUACCGGCUACAUUGUCGAGUAUUUCGGCGACGGCGUCAAGCUGUUGUCGUGCACGGGGAUGGCGACGAUCUGCAACAUGGGCGCCGAGAUCGGCGCCACCACCUCGACCUUCCCUUACCACGAGGCGCACCGGCGCUAUCUUGUCGAGACGGGGCGCGCCCCCAUCGCCGCCGCCGCCGACGCCGCGCACGCCGCCGGGUUUUUGGGCGCCGACGCCGGCGCCGACUACGAUAAGGUCGUCGAGAUCGACUUGACGACGCUCGAGCCCCACGUCAACGGGCCGUUCACCCCCGACUUGCUGACGCCGAUCUCGCAGUUUGGCGCCAAGGCCGCCGAGGAAGGGUGGCCGCUGACGGUGCUGGCGGGGCUCAUUGGCUCGUGCACCAACUCGUCGUACCAGGACAUGCUGCGGGCGGCGCUGCUUGUGCGCCAGGCCGCCGCCGCCGGGCUCAAGCCCAAGAUCCCGUUUUUCGUCACCCCCGGGUCGGAAUUGAUCCGGGCGACGAUCGAGCGCGACGGCCUCGUCAAAACAUUCGAAGAUAACGGCGCCGUGGUGCUUGCCAACGCCUGCGGGCCCUGUAUCGGCCAGUGGGACCGUACCGAUAUCGAUAAGCUGCUGACGGCCACCAACGCCAUCUUCACCUCGUUUAACCGUAACUUCCGCGCCCGUAACGACGGCAACCGCAACACGAUGAACUUCUUGACUCUGCCGGAUAUGGUGACGGCGAUGAUCUAUUCCGGCGACGCCAAUUUCAACCCCGUCACCGACUCGAUCACCAAGGAAGACGGCACUCAGUUCAAGUUUGACCCGCCUCAGGGGGACGAGUUACCCUCGGCCGGCUUCAUCAAAGGCCGCGCCCAGUUCUACCCGGACCCGCUGCCCCAGCCCAAACCGGAAGUCGAGGUGAACGUGCUGCCGCUGUCGGACCGCUUGCAGCUUUUGCAGCCGUUUAACCCUUGGAACGGCGACGAACUCGAAACCACCGUGUUACUCAAAGUGGAAGGCAAGUGCACCACCGACCACAUCUCCGCUGCCGGCGCCUGGCUCAAGUACAAGGGCCACUUGGAGAACAUCUCGUAUAACACGUUGAUUGGCGCCGUCAACAAGGAGACGGGCGAGGUCAAUAAGGCCUACGACCUCGACGGCACCGCCUACGGCAUUCCCGAGCUCAUGAUCAAAUGGAACCAGGAACAGCGGCCGUGGGUCGUCGUCGCCGAACACAACUACGGCGAGGGCUCCGCUCGUGAGCACGCGGCGCUCUCGCCGAGAUUUUUGGGGGGGCAGAUCAUCUUGGUGAAGUCGUUUGCCCGCAUCCACGAAACCAACUUGAAGAAACAAGGGAUGUUGCCGUUGACGUUCGCCGACGAGGCCGACUACGACCGCCUCUCGCUGGGCGACAAAUUGACCACGGUCAACUUGAAGGAGAUGAUCGCUAACGACGGCAACAACGGCGGGAGCCUCACGGUGCGGGUCACGAAGCGCGACGGGUCCCAGUUCGACAUCGAGUGCAAGCACACCAUGUCCAAGGACCAGGUCGAUUUUUUCAAGGCGGGGUCGGCCAUCAACCACAUCGGCAACCAAAAGAAGUAG